AUGGCUGAGCUCCACGAAAAUCUGGCAGGCCUACGUGGCCUGUACAAGGAUCUCUCAGCAAUCUCGGACUCUUCGCUGGGCAAUAUUGACCGGCUUAUGUUCGAAUUGGGCGUCCAUAUUGACGAUUUCCGGCAAUUGUUAGACAAGCCCGCGAAAAACGACCAGAGUCGUCAACAGGUUCUCUCGGGGAAAAUCACUGUUGCGGAUGAAGAUUACCAAAUCAACCAGGAUUUCCAGCAAGGUGCUCUGCAGCUCGCAGAUGCCUUGAACAUCGACGAGCUCGAGGCGGCGGGGAUGUUCCUGGUUUCCCAGGAAGAUUCCCAGGUCCUGGAUCGACCACCUUUGAUCACAGCCAUCAUGCGAUUUCACGAACGCCGAUCGUUUCUUCUGGAGUGUCUACGCAUUAUUAUUCGCGAGUCAACACGGGGGGAUGAGCAACCUACAGACAUCACAACUAUCACAACAAAUGCUUUGAGUGAUAUUCUGCAGAUUAGAGACAGUUCUCUCCAGAACGCUUCGGUCUUCUCGAGGAAAGUUUUACGGGCCAUGGACGACAUCGAGAAAUGGCUGCUACUUCUUGCAGAUCAAGCUCAAAAGGCUUCUGUAGUUGGCCAAGAAGGAGAUGAAGAUAUCAUGGAAGCUAUUGAGUAUCAACGUCAUAGCCUACAUCAACAGCAUGAAUCGCUUGGAGCCAUAUCCUUCUAUCUAUUCAAAUCUUACGCAGGCCCUGAGGAUUUCCGCGCCCUCGUCGCUCAACUGAAGAACCUGGAGCGAUUCGACGGCUUGCUGAUUCAUUAUAUUCCCGUCGCGGUUGUGUCUUUUGAUCGAUUUGGCUCUCCGAAUGGAAGUAUCAAGCGUACUGAGGCUCGGAGUUUGCAUUCACUCAUCACCUCCACCCAUGAAUCUCGGCCCUGGAAGCUACCAAUUUUCCAUGCAGCUAUCAUAGCUGUAUGGUUGUCAGCCUAUAGUGGAUGGUACUUUGACGAUGGACCAGCCUCUCCUAUUCCUGGUGUUGACCCGGAAAAGGAAGCAAAGGAACGAACGGACAUGUUCAUGGCUGCCCUAGAUGACGGCGCUCUCGAUUUCAUGCUUGCUAUUUGUUCCAGUGUCAAUAGCGAGGAAUGGGCUGAUCCUGCACGGACUGAGCUUGUGGCGCUUCUACUCAAGGAAAGUGUAGUAACGUUGCCUGAGCUCGACUCUUGUAGUGAAUACAUGAAACACUUGCUGAUGGAAAACUUUGAGGCAUAUGUGGAGUCAUGCAUUGCAAAUAUGCCCGACGCUGUUCGUUUGCUCAAAUCAGGGCAGGACCGUCAGAGGUUGGAUCAAAUCACCGCUUUGAGAGACGGGUUAACCUCGAGUCUCCACCGCAACUUGGUUGAGGCUCGCACACACCUGGAGUCGCUUUUGAUGAUCAUGUCGUUUUCUUUCGAACAUCGACCGGAGGCUGCACGGGAAUUCUGGGAAGACACUGACAGUAAUCUCUACGGCUUUCUCCAAUGGGCAUCAAAGCGUCAGACAGUCCCUCGAGUGGGCGCUUUCUGCGAACUGCUCUGUUCUAUCUCUCAAGGUGCAGAUAAUGCAACUUCAGCACAUCAGUUUCUGCUGGAAGAAGAUAAAUUCAUGGGCUCGAAAUUGAAACGUUCAACAACAAUGAGUUGGGCACAGAUGUUUGCUGAACUACAGCUUUAUGCCAGCAGAGUCACAGAAAAGCCUUCAUCAGUUACUACUCAGCAUCAACAAGGCAUUGUGCGCAAGUCAGAGACGGUGGAUAUGAGCGAACCUGAGAGUCCCGUCAUGCUGACUUGUUACCUCCGUUUAAUGGGGCAUUUAUGCAAACAAAGUGAAAAUAUUCGAGGCUGGAUGCUCCAGAACCAAGAUUUUAAUGUCGUUGAAAACCUGCUGAGGCUAUGCAGUGGACCGAUUCCGACACACCUGAGAUCCACCACAUUUGGCGCACUUUCAGCCUUGAUGACGGACAGGAAUCUCCCUUAUGGCAAUGAGAUGUGGCUGCAGAUAGAUAACUAUUUGUCUAGCGACAUCCUGGCCUCCUUGUGUAUCGGGAAGAUGCCCCAUGUUUCUAAUUCAGGUCUAUGGCGCGAGCAACAGGCUUUACAGAUGAUUGGAGAAAGCUUCGACCAGACUAAUGCAUUUGUAGUUUUGGUCAAUUCGCUCAUCGAACCCGCCCCGGACUCGAAUGAUGACUCUUUCCCACUUUCCUUCCCAGAGUCAUUGGGCUCCGCUUAUCGCAUGCCUGGCGUUGAACCUUACAUCGACUUCAUCCUAGGACACGCUCUGUCCCGCAAGAUUCAGGAACUCAGUGAUUAUCAAUCUCGGCUGCUAACUUACAACUGCCUCAAUUUUGUUUUGGCAAGCCUACGGUCCUUCAAGGAAGAUCUUGUCACAGUCUUCAGCCAGCCAUCGCACGCCUCUGAUUCUGCUGCAACAAGCUCCGCGGUCGCCAGCUACGUUCGUCUUCACCCGUUUGCUCGCGUGAUGGAAUGGCUCUUCAAUGAAGAUGUACUCAAAGCUUUGUUCGCAACCAGUCAACAGAGCGUGGCGGAUAUUGCACAGGCGUCUUCCGAAUCUGUCGUGGUUUUGACCCUUCUUCGAAGUAUCGAGGUGAUGAACCUGAUUUUGGAUUUACAGUCAACAUAUUUCAACAUAGUGAGACCAUUGGUCAAGAAUCAAACUGGUAUGAAUAGAGUCAAUGUUGCAAACUCGUCCCUUGCUUCUUUUGAAGACACUAUGCUUAAAAACCUGGCUUUGGUGCCUGCACUGUGUCUAUACUGUGGUACAGGGCAUCAGCAACUGACCGUUACUUCGAUGCAAUUAUUGGAAAAACUCACAAGCUCGCGCAAGCUCAACAAGAUGUCGUCGCCGGGAAUUACAAACUUACAAUCCUCAAACAAAAUAGUGGAGGUUCUUGCAAGCGAGGUGGACGUCGACAGCGUAUCUCGCUCACUUGUGUCGCAAAUGCAGCCAGACCCAAGAGAACUCGAAUGGGGUGCGCUCACAGCUGGUUAUGUUAUUCGAGAGAGUCUCCUGGCAUUGUUGAACAGUUGUUUGGGCAUGAUUACUGAUCGCCCUACUGUUGCCCAUCUUCUACUCGGCUUUGAUUCUGUGGGUUCUAUGCUUGAUGUGUCACCAGAUGGAUUGUUCUCACAGCAGAGGUCUUUGUUGCAUACGAUCAUUGGGUUCCUUCAGACUUACCCUGAGCACCUAGAGGGUAAUUUUGUAUCAUGGACAAUUCACAUCAAGCGCAUCGCGUUUGAAGUCCUGAGGCACUUGUGGUCUUCAAAGCUCGCGACCCAAUUCACUCUCGGUGAGAUGCGCCUUCAAAACUUUCUAGCGAGCAUGUUCGCUGAGCAAAACAUUGUCGGUCCUAACACUUCCUGGAACGGCUUGCCGGUGGUAACCGAUGACUUUUGGUACACGGACGCUUCUUCGGCUUUGGCAGAAUUUCUACUCUAUAGAAGUCAUUUGUUCACAUAUGCCGCAACAGAAAUUCGUGCCGCGGCCAAGACUAGAUCGCCCACACUGCAGGAAGGGAUACUCUCCACACUGUUGGGUACCUCCAUUACGAGUGACGGCGAAUCUUUUAAGCAUCCAUCUGUGUUUGAUCUUUUUGACUUCGCGGAUCUAGAUGUUUUUCGCCAAUUCAACAUGCCGAAGUUGGACUUGCUCAGCCAUGUCGCCUCGAAGAUCUGGGCAAGAAAAUAUGAUGAAUCGACAGAACUUUACAAUAUUGCCGAGGCUGAGGAGUUGAUUCAAAUUGAGAAGAAGAAGCUGCUAGCCCCUGGAACGACUCUCGAACAGCGCCUCGAGCAGCAAUUUAUAGCCGAGGCUGAAGAAUUGAAGCUUUUCCUUCUCGCGACAAACCAAGCCCGACAAAUUCAACACAACCGCCAGCUUGCUCUUGGCUCUUGGGCGGAGCUUAUAACCACCACAAUGAGUUGCUCUGUCAUCGAUGAUUCAGCCAAACCCACUUUCAUUUUGCAUACCAUUCAGCUGAUUCUCCCCAAACUCGACAGUUCUCUCGAGAACGAGUCUGCGGAGACGAUCCAGCUCGCCCGGUUGGCUGAAACAUUAAUCGGCAAGCUCACAUCCGAGGUAUCUGCAACCCUUGGCUCUCAAAGUGGCGAUGUCAUCGAUGAGAAGCUACAUCAACUCUUCCAGGUGUCUAUGCGAGGAAUCAAGUUGGCCCCAGUGGAUGCGGCGUUGAGAGAGACACUCUAUGGCAUUUGCUCUCAUUAUAUUUCCCGUAUUACAACAUCCGAAUCCACUCAUGAUGGUCUACGAACGCAGAGCCAGCAAGUUGUUCGCGCAUCUGGACCUUCUCUCGUCGAAAAAAUCUGUGAUGAUGCCCAUAAUGGCCAGGAGAAUUGUCAAGCAGCUGCUCUUCUGCUAUUGAAUUGCCUAGCAUCUCUGGAUAGCCGAACCGACUGUGUUCUCGCGGAGCUGAUCUCACAGUCCAACUAUCUUAGUUUGUUCCUUGAUACCAUCAGUGUUUUGCCUGAAGAACUGCGCAAUCGCCCCGCGGCUGAUACAACAAUUCUCCUCGCAAAUUGUGAAUCACUAUUGGCUUUGCUCCAGCUCCUUUGUUUAACCAAGAACGGUGCCACUGUUGUACUGAAAUCUGGUCUUUUCGAGUCGGUGCGAGAGUCGCAGCUAUUUGCAGCUGAUCCUGACAUUGGAAUUGAUAUCGACAAUCCUGAUGCAUUGCGAAAGUUUUACGACCUCCUCCUUUCGGUAUUGCGUGUUAUUGUAUCCGCGGUUUUCUCUCGGGGUAUCUACAACGAGCAAAUUAAGGUCCAGACUAGGGCUUUUAUUGCUGAGAACCGCUCAUGCAUGGUGGGAGUAUUCAAGCGAUUCGCAAAAAUCGGCGGCAGUGCCCCAGCUGAUCACCAAAAGGUCCUUUGUGAGCUAGUCAAGGCAUUCAUGGCUCUUAUCACUGCGACCGAUUACUUGGACUUUGAAGAACAAGAAGUUCAACAAACUAUUCGGCCUACCACCUUAUUCUCAUGA